GUUAGACUAAUUUUGACGUCUAGGUUGAUUAUGGAUGGGAGAAGAACCGAGCCAAGUCUUAAAGUAUGAAUUGAGUUCUUAGGGUGAAAAGUUGUGCCUAAGCAAAAUAAAGAUGGAUUGGGUUAUAUCUGAUGAAUUAUCAUUAACUGUGGGUCAUGUAGUUGGUUGGGUUAGUGCGGGAGCAAUAAUUGUGGGAGGUGUCGUUCCCUAUAUUCCGCAAUACAGGCAAAUUAAAAGAACUCAAGAUACAGAGGGGUUUUCAUUACUAGUAUGUUUGGCCCUCCUCAUAGCAAAUACACUAAGGAUAAUGUUUUGGUUUGGAAAACAUUUUGAGUAUCCUUUACUCAUACAGAGUGUUAUAAUGAAUUUAGCAAUGUUUUCAAUGAUUCACCUAUGUGUUAGGGUGAGAAACAGGAAUCAGUUGGUGCAAGCAAGGCAGCGAAUAUUCACAGCCAAACCAGGGGAAGUAGCUCGUUUCAUGCAGCUACAGACUAAAGCGCCAAGAACAUCUCGAACUAUUUGUGAUUUGGAGCUGCGGCAUUUUUGGAAUUGGUCCGACUUCCAAUCGUACAUAGAUUGCAUGCUGGUGUUCACCAUCUUGAUUUCGGUCUUGAUGUAUUUUCUCAUCGACCAUUUGGUCUUCGUUGAGGCCAUUGGAUUCCUCGCGGUGUUCACUGAGGCCAUGCUGGGCACGCCUCAACUGAUGAAGAACUUUAACAAUAAAUCUACGGAAGGGAUGAGCGUCGGCAUGGUCGUAAUGUGGACGUUCGGCGACGUAUUCAAAACCCUAUACUUCAUCUUACGUGACGCACCGAUACAAUUCUGCAUAUGCGGCACGAUUCAGGUAUCCGUCGACAUCCUGAUCCUUCUCCAGGUGUUCUUCUACCGCCACAACUCGGAUCCCUUAAGAACGGGCCACAAUCGUGGCGAUUGAGUAGUCAUCAUCUGGACACACGAGAACGCGCUGAAGAAGGACUCAAAGGACGAAACGGCCGUCGUAAAAAACAACAGACACAGCGUGAUAUCGAUCGAGAACUGCGCCAGCGACGACAAGGACGCUGACGACUCCUCCAAAGAGAACUCCGCCAGCUACCUCGAGGACCAGCUCGAAGACGGCACCAACUCAGCCUGUUCAGGAGCCAGUCCUACCAAAGAUCAUCCUCACGUGGUCGACGUCGUGGUUCACCAGCAGCUGGAUCGUGUGUCCAAGUCGGAUAAAAAAUGCGGUAGUGCUAAUCCAGAAUCUAAUCAUUGUGAUAAUGUAAAUAAGCCGGAUGAAAACGGCGACUGUUUAAACUUUAAGUUAAGGGUAAACCGGAAGACUUUUUCCUGCAGGAGGAAUUCUAGACCAAAUGCAAAAUUGUCACUACACAGGCGUACGUUAUGACGUUUAGGGUAGAGGGGCAGAUAAGAAUAAGUAUUUUUCAUGUUAUAGGUGCCUGCAAUAUGCCCACGAGUGAUGUCUCGGAAAUUAGUAAAAUUUCCUCAACGAGGUACCUGAAAAGGUAGCUUUAUUACCUGCAAUUUAUUAUACACUUUUCAUACUUCACGAAAUGGAGUUACCCUUACUGUUGAUUGGUUUCAAUAAUCAGUUUUCUUCCAAUUAGCUACUGGAAGUUUUAAUUAAACUUUGCAUGGUUGCUGCAGAGAACAAAGUACCUUCCUCCAAAUAUGCUGAAAAAAAUUUCAAUAACUGGCAUACACUUUGCCGAACUCCUAGUCAAAUUUUGAUUACCAUGUAUACUUCAAAAGAGUUCAAUAAUUGGCGAAAAAACAAAAUACUCAUUCAGUUCGUUGUGUAAAUAUUAAUCACAAACGAUAAAAAACUCCAUAAUUUUGUUAUUUGCGUCAUCCUUCUCUCGCGUUUAAUUAGCUCAUAGUUCAGAUGCAGAGUAUGAUACAUGUUUUUGUUUUAUUCUUUAUGAGUGGAAUACAAGGAUGAAUUUCGUGUUUGAUUCAACAGGAUAUUAUCUCAAGACUGGUACUCGUGGGCGAAAAUUUUCCAGUUCAUUGUUUAUUGUGAAGGAAAUAUUAGAAUUCUCAAUUGUACAGGGUUUCCAAAUAUUUAUCCCUACCCAUAAUUUUUUGGUAAUGCCUCUAGUUAUCAUAGAGUAUAAAAAAGCCUUCAUAUUAAACAUUAUUUAGGUUAAGAGAGUUGAGAAAACAAAUAAAUAUGUAGAUGAUUUUAAAUCCAUAUAUUAUAUAUUUUCUACUAGAACAUCACAGAUCUUUAUGUGAGCGAGUAUAUUUGAUUAGAUUUCAAAAGUUUAUAUCGAUUUAUUUAUGUACAUAAGUAUAUAUAUUUAUUUAUUGCGGUUACUAAUACGUGUAAAGAAUUGAAUCAGUUUUUUCUUAUAUAUUUGCAUUCCAAAUGGGGAAUUUAUCUAAGUGAACUUACUGAUGUCGAUUGAUUUUAACUUCAUUUUAUAUUCAUUUCCUUAAUUUUAUAUAUUUGUUGAAUGAUCAAACCUAGGUACAAAGACUUAUCUUCGAAGAAUAACGCAACAUGAUUACAUUUUUCAUUGAUGCCUGUUGUUUAUUUGAUUUGCCAGUGUUCACAUAAUUUCUGACAACAAUGACAUUUUAGUAGAUAUAAUAAUGAGUUGUUAUUGAUCCUUUCUUCAUUCAAGCGAGGCAGCUCUAUACAGGGCCAUUUGUUAGUGAUUUUAUUCCACAUUAUAUUGGUGUGAAGAUAUUGUGAUUUUAAUUUUAGAAUCAUAUUGGUGCCAUAUUAUUUUUUAUGUAGAUAUUUAUGUACAUAAUU